AUGGCCAAAACUUUAGUAUUGGUUUUUCUCUUUCUCCAAAUAACCUCUUUCAUAGCUUUAGCUGAAGAGCUAGAAACUUUUCAUCACAAACCAUCAAGUCCACUUCAUCCCCCAACUAAGUCACCGAUUCAUAAACCAUUAGCUAGCCCACCUCACCACAACCACUCACCAUCACAUGCACCUUCUCAUGUUCACACUCCUUUACAUCCUCCCCACCCUGCUAAACCCCCGACCCAUCACCGCCACCAACAUCACUCACCAUCCCUUGCUCCUUCUCAUGUUCACACUCCUUUACAUCCUCGUCAUCCUGCAAAACCUCCAACCCAUCAUCAUCAUCAUCAUCACUCUCCUGCUCAUGCCCCUAUUAAAACUCCGGUUCACACUCCUUUACAUCCUCCUCACCCUGCCAAACCUCCAACUCAUCACCACCACCAACAUCACUCACCAUCCCCCGCCCCUUCCCAUGUUCACACUCCUUUACAUCAUCGUCACCCUGCAAAACCCCCAACCCAUCAUCAUCAUCAUCACUCUCCUGCUCAUGCCCCUAUUAAGCCUUCGUUUCACACUCCUUUACAUCCUCCUCACCCUGCCAAACCUCCAACACAUCACCACCACCAACAUCACUCACCUUCCCCUGCCCCUUCCCAUGUUCACACUCCUUUACAUCCUCGUCACCCUAAAAAACCACCCACCCAUUAUCAUCACCACUCUCCUGCUCAUGCCCCCAUUAAGCCCCCAACUCACCACCAUCACCUCCCUCCGGCUCAUGCCCCUACUCACACACCUCUUGUUUCAAGAAGCUUGAUAGCUGUUGAAGGUGUUGUUUAUGUCAAAUCAUGCAACCAUACCGGUGUUGACACCUUAAAGGGAGCUACACCUCUUUUUGGUGCCGUUGUGAAGCUCCAAUGCGACAACGCCAAACACAAGUUGGUCCUUAAAGCCAAGACUGAUAAGAAAGGUUACUUCUAUAUUGGAGGCCCAAAGAACAUUGCAGGUUAUUCAACUCGUCAUUGCAACGUUGUUUUAGAUACUGCACCAAAAGUACUAAAACCCUCAAAUCUUCAUGGUGGUCUUAGUGGGGCGCCUCUUCUUAAGCCGGUGAAACGACCAGUGUCUAAGGGUGUCUCUUUAAAACUCUACACUGUUGGACCGUUUGCAUUUGAGCCCAAAUGUCAUCAUUAA